CGGAAAUACGUGGUCCAUCAGGCUUCCGCUGACCAACAGCGGGUUGUUGAAGAGAGGAAAUGGAGAACUUCAUCCUUUAUGAGGAGCUUGGCAAAGACGGCAGCUUUGUCGUCUACAAAGGGAGACGAAAGAGCAAUCUCUGCUAUGUUGCCAUCAUCUGCACAGACAAAACCAUGAGGCCCGAGAUCACAAACCAUGUGCGACUGAGCCAGGAUCUGGAUCAUCCAAAUGUUGUACGCUUCUAUGAAUGGUUUGAGACAAGUAAGCACCUCUGGGUGAUAGUGGAGCUUUGUACAGGCGGUUCCCUGGAGUCUGUAGUCGCUCAUGAUGGAAAUCUGUCAGAAGAUAUUGUGAGGAGAUUUGGAUGGGACUUGGUCAAAGGAUUAAGAUACAUCCAUGAAUUGGGAAUCAUCCUGUCAGACUUCACCCCUGCAAAGGUUCUUCUAGAUGGUAGCGGCAUUUUGAAGUUUAGUAACUUCUGUCUGGCCAAGGCCGAAGGAGAGACCCUGGAGGACAUUUUUACAACGCUUUCUGCAUCUGAGGAACCAGAAGAAGGAGACAACAAGAACAUGAGAGCAAGAGUGCAAGGUUCUUCAACAUACAGCGCUCCAGAGGUGGUGCAGGGAUCAGAAACCAGUAGGAGCUCUGAUCUCUGGGCUCUUGGCUGUAUGCUCUACUAUAUGUACACUGGUAAACCCCCUUUCUGCUCUGAUAACCACACUGAACUGACAGAGAUGAUUUUGCAUCAGGAACCGCCACCUCUAAGACAGAAAGUGUUUCUCCCAAAUCCUCCCAGUCAGGAUUUCCAGAGCCUCCUGAAAGGUUUAUUAAAUAAAAACCCAACCAAGAGGAUCACCUGGUCGGAGCUGGUGGAUCAUCCUUUCUGGACUCAAGUAAAAAUGGAAAAAGAUGAUGGAAAAUAUGAGGAAGCUGAAGAUGUCAAUGGACACAAAAGGACACGCAGCCCUUUUCCUGCAGAACACUCAGUCAGUCAACCCAGCAGCCACUCAGCAAUAAGCCAGACAGGUUUCAAUGUCUCAAAGAAAUCAACAUCUUCUCAUGCGACAAAUGUAGCCGACAGGCCGUGUGACACGGAAGCUGAAAGCCAACAAUCUGUCACACAUGUGUCUGGUGGAAGGUUAAAUUACAAAAACUCAAAUAAGGAAGUGAGAUGUGGAAAAACAAUGGCGGACCAAGUUGAGACGAGAGAUCUGUCUCAACCAAAGCAGGGAGAUCCACAGCCCACCAAACCAUAUAUGACAGGUAACAUUCUAGAGCUGAAACCAAAGAACGGGCUGGAUCAAGACAACACUGAUACAAUCUUUCUACUUAGCAACUCAAGAACCCAAUGUAGUAUCGCAGACCCAUCAAACCACAACUCUGAGCUUGAGAUUGUCACCGAUACUGACAUUGCAAGCUGUGUGAAGCGCCUUCUACACACCGAGUUUGACCUGAGUGUCACCCGAAUCAUCAACAAUCCAAAGAUACUUAAGAUCACUCCUGUUCGAUUUGAUCCCAAAAACCUCUGUGUACCAGCAUAUUCAGUGGAGAAGCUGCUUUCUCUGAGUGAUGACGAGUGGUCUGGUUUUCUGCUACAACUUCAUUCAUGCUUUGAAGAAAAGAAGCCGUCCACGCCACUCCCCUCCUCUUCUGCUCUUCCUCAGUCUACAGCUGUUCGAUCUAGACUCAACCUGCUGUGCUACCUCUGCUGUAUAGCUGGCCACACAGUUAUUGCUGAUAGGCUGAUUAACUCAACACUGCUUUCUGUAUUGACCCAGCAGUUACGGCAAGCUCCAAACUGGGAUUUACGAAGCAAGAUCCUCAGAACGAUGGGCCUUCUGGCUCUGUACUGUAGUCGUCUUGAAGAGGACUGCCACGUUUCUGAGGCUGUGUCAACUCUAACAGACCUGUUGCGGGAUAAUCUCAGGAACAAUAAACUGAAGCAGUUCCUGUUGCCACCACUAGGGGAGUUUCUCUACAUGAUUUCUUCUGAGGAGGAGAAGAGAGGCUCCCCAGAGGGACUGUGGUUCGUUCCUGCUGCCGCCUACACUGGCUUAAUGAGGAGCCUGCGGGAAGGGGAUGAUGCUGUGGUUCAUCAUAUGGCUGCAAAAGCUGUAGAAAACGUCUCUUCGACCGUCUCUGGUCUCUCUCGUCACCUGGCUACCACAGAGAUGGGCUCCGCUUUGUGGUACCUGUUCAGUCACUCGACGGCGGAGGCCGUCAGAGUCACUGCCAUCUCUUCUCUUUCAAGGCUAACCCGGCUGGACCCAGCAGUCUUCUUGUCGGUGAUUGACACCUGUGGCCCCGCAGCCGUCUUGGAGGGCAUAGGUGGAGCAGGGUCCAGGGUGCAGCAGCACCUGCUCACUGCCGUGGCCUCUGCCCUCCUCGCCUCACACAUCCACAAACAUCGGAUCACACAGAGCCGGGAUCUGGUUCUGAAAGUGCUGCGUUGCUUGGAGAGCCCAUCUGCCGUGACGAGAGCCAAAGCAUUACUGGUGUUACUGCUGCUAACACAGGACAACACACACAUGCUGCUCUACUGCUGUCAGCACAGACUUGUGAUGUACCUGGAGAGAGACCUGCGGAAAGCCACUCCUGUCAGAGACAACCCCAGCCAAUCAGGAUACCUCUGUCAGUGUCUGGAUUUACUGCUGCUGCAUCUUAGUCAAACUGCACCGGUGAUAAUGGAGGAUGUCUUGUCUGCACUGAGAGAUGUGAUUGGGAGGAAACACCCAUCUGCAGCUCAGAGUAAACAGCUUAAACAGACUUUGCCAACAUUGUCUGUAGUUCUAGAGCUCCUUUCAUCUCAGGUCUUCAGAGCUCGAAUUGUAACCCAGGAGUUUCUGGUUCAAAUUGGAUUGCUGCUUAACUACGUUAUUUCUGUGGAGUCCAAUGAAACUAAUCUGUCCAGUGGUGUGGGUGUUGCAAUAUGCGAAGAGCUGAUUAGAACAUCUCUGUCCAUUGUGGAGGUCCUGAGUCAGCACCAUACUCUAGUCACUCAGUAUCAUUGUGCUGUUGUGGAUGCUGUCCUACCUCCUCUGACAACUCUGGCUUUCAGCAGAAAUGUGGAGUGGUCGGUGUUUGUUUUGAAGGUGCUGUCUGAACUCAGCCUGGUUAUGCUCGUCCAAAGAGACGACGAAAAUGCUGAUGAAAAUGAGGACAAAGUAGAGGAAAAGAGAGACAGGAGAGAUACAGAAGGAGGAGCAGCUGAAAGAAGUGGAGAUGGAAGAUCCUGCAGCCAAGUCUUAUCUGUCUUCACCAAAUCUCUACUUUCAAGGUUCGAAGUUCUUCUUUGUGCGGCAGAACCUAUCCCGCUCUUCGCACUCAAGUUGCUGGUAUCAAUGACUGAACACAGCACUCAGAUCUGCAGGUUGAUCAAACAGGGCAGGAUCCUCUCAGUUGUCCUUCAGCUCAUUAUGGCCAACAGUGUCACCAGUGGAACAGUCCAGAGCGCAGUCGUCCUGCUGUGUAAUCUCAGCGGAGACACAGUGAAGAGUCACCAGCAGCAACAUCAGCAAGAGCUGGUGGAGGUGUUGGUGAGCACUCUCUCGGAAGCUGCGCAGGUUUACCUUGAUGGAGAAAAGCAUGCUGGAAGGAAGAUCAGCCUGGUCGUCCUGCAAGCUCUCCUGGAACUGCUGCACAACGUCCUAAAGCAAACAUCAGGUGUUGUGCGAACUGCACUGCAGAGCCAGAGGCUAUCUUGUUCAGCAGCAGAAACGGAGGCAGCAGAGAAACUGCUCGUAGCCAACAGACCCUUGAGCCAACUCAGCACUCACCUCAUUCACAUGCUGUCCACUGAAAACCAGGAAGUGUGGGAGGAAUCCAUUCAGUGUCUGUCCUUACUGGUACAGCUGUACGGCGGAGAGGGCCAGGACUGCUUGUCGCCUUCGUGUUUACAGAGCUUCUCCCAUCUCCUGCGCGCUCACGUGAACUCCGAGAACCCCCGAGUCCAACGCACGGCUCUGAGGAUCAUUAAACGGCUGAUACAAACUACAGACCAGUCUGGUUGGCUGGAAUGUCCUGAAGGAACGGGCCUGACCAGUGUGCUUCAGGAUAUUGCCGAGUCCAACAGGUGUCCUGCUGAUGUGGCUACACGGGCUGCAGAGAUCCUCCAGGAGCUCUCUGGGUCCUAGACGUUUUUCCGUCAUUCAACCUUCGGUGACCCCCGAGUGACCCCAACAGUAACGGCAUCUUACCGUUUCUAAAUCCAGUACUGAUUGCUCCCUCUUAAAGUCUGUUUGUUUUGGGGCUACAGCAUCCUCAGAAAGUAGGAUUUUUGUUUCGCUGGUUGGAUUUGACGUUUUGCUUGUUUUAAUAAAUUUGUUUUAAUAAUUUGAGUCUCAGUCAGCAGCUCCUGUAUGCUAAGAUCUUUACGCGCCACCAAGUCACGCGGUUCGGAUAUCGGUCGUUCGUCGUGACUCCCUUCAUCCAAAAAUUGGAUCAGUGAUGGUAAAGAAUAUUGCUGUGUCACCAGAGUUGACAGCUCAUUUGAAAACAUCCAUCAGUCUGCACAGGAUUACAUCAUGAGCAGUAAUUUGGGCUGUCACAUGCAUCACAGCGCUGACCUUGGAGUCUAUUUAGAUGCUCCCAUUUGGCUUUAAUGACAGAAUAUUGACUCAUUAGAUUAGCCCUCAGCGUGGCCACGCAUGUAUGUGUGUGUGUGUGUGUGUGUUGUGUCAGUCAACGAUGACUACUUUACUCUGCCUCUACAGCACAACACUCAGUUCUGCACGCAGACAUAAAUGAGCUUAGAUUAGAACAGACCUGUGUUCAUGUUGGCCUCUUCUCACAGGAGAGUCUGUGAAAAAUGACUGGGAUUUCAUUUAAAAAUAUAAAUACUUUGCACUUUGUACGUUUGGAGUGUGGACGAGGUCAGACGCGGUAAUACAAUCUGAGCACAAGCAACACAGGCGAGUUCAUCUAUUAAUGACAGCUGUGCAGCGAGCUUUGGAAAAAGGAUCUGCCAAGUGUGAAAUCCAAGUGUCCACACACACACACACACACACACACAGUCACCUGCAGUUUCACAGGGCAUCAGUUCAGCGUCAACGGGAGCCGGAGGCUGCGGACGGCUCACAGCUGCGUCUGCUGCUGUUGCACGACGGAGACUUCAUCAGGAAAGUGAAAUGGUGUUUAAAAAUAACUCGGCUGUUGAUGUUGCGACAGAAAAAUAUACGGAAAACAUGAGGAGAGUUUCUAAUCGGGCAGAAAAAAGUAUGACGGUGUAUUAGGGCCAUAGUAAAUAGAAAAUACACUAUAGAUGCAUUGUAGAUGCAAAAUCUCAGAUUUUCUAGAAAACAACGUGAACAUUUCUGAGUUUCAGAAGUCAAUUCCCGGUCAGUUUCUAUUACUCUUCAAAUUUCUGAGUUUUUUUGGAUAGAAAUUUACUCCACAAUGGCUCCAAUACACCAUCGUACAAAAAGCCCAACUGUUUGCAGUGACAUUCCUAAUUACAGUGUUUACGUAAUUCCCAUACAGCCUGAAAAAAUGGAAUUUCUUUUUAAGGACAAUUCUGGAAAAAGGAAAGUAGUGAACAACACUUGUAGUGGUUACUCCUAAUUCUACUGUGCUGUUUCCACUCACCGCACUUUGACUUCUCACUUAAUUUCAAGCUUAUUCAGAUUCAUACAUUUAAGUGCAUUUCCAUCAAGUAGAACAUUAAUGUAAAUCUACAAGUUGGAGGUUAAUUAUCUUUUUACAGGAUGUUUCCCCCCAAUAAACCAAAUGAAUCAAGAGUUUGGACCCGUUACAAAGCAGCUUUGUUUUAUUUAAGAGUUUGGAGUUAGUGAUUUGUUUUCUCCAGGUAUUUAUUUACAUGCUUCAGAUGAGUGAAGUUUUUAUAAAUGAUGUGAUCUCAGGAUCACUACAGUCUCUCCUCUAGUUGACCUCAGUGUGCCGUUUAAUGAAUUCUUACAGCAGGGUGAAAUUAUUGCAUCAGUCAGUAUUUUCAGAACUUGGAUGUUAUUUCUAUGGCCUUUGUGUUGAUGCCAGGUCUGUGAUGCAGCAGAGUCACAACAAGAAGUUUUCCAACUUGAAGCCGAGUUACAAGUCUGAAUGAUUGUACUGGUCUCACCUGCACAAAAACACCUGUGAAUCUGCCAAUUAAUCUGGAAAAGUACAGACCAUCGACAUCAAAAUGUGUCUUUCCCAGAGAAUCCUUUAAAAGAUUUGAAAUGUUAUAAAGGCGGUGGUGCUGGAUAAGUGAAGGAGAGUUUGUCCAACUCACUGAAAUGAGACAGACACGUGGGUGAAAUGACAGUCCGUUUUAUUGUUUCAGAACACAGCAGGCUACAAGCAACCAGCGCCUCACUACUUCACCCCUUAGUAACAGCAGACCAAUAGGAGCACGUCUCCACCCCUGUCCUUACAGACACGCCCACCCAGCUCGGUCAGCUAACCCCCUUUGGAACAGCUGGGACACGUCGGUGUCCUCCUUUAAAGCAAGAAAAUAGCUCGAUAUUUGGACCAUGAUUUCCAAUUCAUGUUUUUUUUUCUUUGUUUUUGUUUUUUUUUGUACAAAAGCUACACAAUGUUACACUUGAUCAUUAGAAUACAAUUCAACUGAUUACCUUUAGUGUUUGGACACCAUUUAAAAUCUCAUCCAGUUCUUUUGGAUGGAGCAUCACCACUUAGAAAGAAAAACAAAAAACACUUAGACUUAAAAUACAAGGGAGUAGAAAAAAAA